AUGUCUUCCUCUGGCAAAGGCGGCGGCUUCUCUGGGCAGAGUCACCGCGCGGUGGCGCCACUCAAGCCCUCGAGCUUGCCCAGCCUCAAGCGCGAGCAAGGGGCAGCGUCAGACGCAGCCACGGCAGCGGCGGCGGCUGCAGCGUCGGCAUCGUUGUCGUCGCCGUCGUCGUCCAGCAAUUCAGCCACCCAGCACAGCGGCGCCCAGCCUCACUCCUCGGCGUCCGGACUGGCGGGAGUGUCCUCCUGGACGGCCGCGGUGGUUGGUCAUUCACCAAACAGCACGACUUCGGCGGCCUCUGGGAACGGCGUUGGUGCCACGACCUCGUCAACCGGCAGUAGUGCCUCGGACGCUGCUGCUGGUGCUGCUGCUGCUGGCGCUCGUGAGCAGCACAGUGCUGCAGGUGGUGUCGCAUCUCCCUGGCGAAGCGGUGGUCGUGCUGCGUCGCCGUCUGUCACAGCCGGCUCCACCGGUGCAGCUGGGCGCGGCGGACCAAGGGCAAGUGACUCUCCUCCGCCCAAUCGUCACGACGAGGAUGGCUCGAAUCGUUCCCGCGCCCUCCCUGACAGCGGCUGGCGUGCUCGGGGUGGCGGUGCCAAUUCUCCCACAAUGAUCUCUGGCGAUGCACGGGUUGGAACGCAACACUCCAACGCCAACGCAGCCCCAGAGCCCAAGAACCCUUCCCGAUGGAUGGCGGAAGACGAGGACAUGGACUUUGAAGCCGCUCAGCUUGCCACUCCUUCUUCUUCCUCUUCUGCUUCUACCACUUCUUCUUCUUCUGGAUCGACCACAAAGCCUCCAGCAACCAAUGGAUUGUCGACAUCCGUCAAAAACAGCACAACCCCGGUCAAGCCGGACUCGACCUCCAGCUCCACCUCCUCAAAAGCUGCUAUUGCCGCCGCACAGGUUGCAUCGGGCUCCCGCAACUCUCCCGCCGAAGAGCACCUGGACUGGUCGUCAGAGGUCGAGCGAGAGCUGUCGACGCUGCCACAGCCCUCUCCCAUUGUGUCCCACUCUGGUCCGUCUUCCGCCAUGGCUCCGCGCUCCUCCAGCCCAACCACCACUGCCUCACAUUCUCACCAUUCGUCGAACACCACCACCUCCUCCGCUCAUUCCACGUCCUCGACCUCUCACGCUCACCACCAACAGCAGCACCAUUCGCAGCACCACCAGCCGCAGCAUUCACUCUCACACUCGAACGCGCAUGUCAGUCACGUGCAUCAUGCGCCAACGCAUCACUAUCCCCCACACAACUCGUCGUCGGCAUCGACUCAUGGACACGGCCAUGACGCUCCCGCGCGCAGCUCGACGUCUGCUACAUCGUAUGCGGGCGUGCUUCAUUCUCAGCAGCAGCACUCGCACCAGCAGCACUCGCACCAGCAGCACUCGCACCACCAGCAGCCUCAUCAUACCUCUGCACCAGGUGCGCACAGUCAUUCCCAGUCGCAUUCGUCGCACUUUGCAUCCGCCGGCGGCGACGCCGUCUUGGACGACGAUGCGACCAGGGAGGCAAUGCGUGAAGGCAUCGAACGUGCCCGAGCUCGCCGACAAGAGGAAGAGCGGGUAAUGCGCGAGCGGAGUGCUCAAGGUGCUCAGCAAAAGCUUGCAGAGCUUGAAAAGCGCAUGCAGGAGAAAAAGCAGCAGCAGCUGCAGCAGCAACAACAGCAACAGCAGCAGCAACAGCAACAGCAACACCACCAACCUCAGCAACAGCAAGCGAGUCCAUCGUCCUCUGGCAGUAGUGCUGCUGCUGCGCACACGCCCGGUCUGUUGUAUUCGGCUGCCGCAAACAGUGGCGGCGCGGCGUCGCACCCUCAACAACGUGCGCAUGCUGAAAUGGACCUGCACCACUCGCAUGCCCCGUCCAGUUCCUGGCGCGCAUUGGGCGCGCCUUCAACCACGUCGUCGACUGCCCCUCGAGCCGGCUCCGCAACCAGCAAUGGCACCGUUCCAUCCAUUUUGCAUCGAGAACCGCGAGGCGGUGAUGACCAUCGGAGCGCCCAGCAGCAACAUCAUUCACAGCAGCAACAUCAUUCACAACAGCAACCUUCGCAGCAACAAUCGCAACAGCAUGCACUCCAGCAGCAUUCUGCGCAACAACACCAUUCGUCGCAGCAGCUGCCAAACCAACAACAGCAACUGAAGACGGCCACGUCCGCUCAACCACCCUCGCUUGGAGCUGGAGCGCAGGUGAUGGGAGGCCAGCCGCCGGUCACCAUUGCUCACCGACCGACCUCCACUUCUGUUGCUUCAAGCAACGUUGCACCGAGUGGCAUCUCAUCAGUAGCCGCAUCUUCAGGAGCCGCAGCAGCGGCGGAUCACCCGCCAAAGGCGGAACCUUUGUACGAUCUCGUCGUGCGUCUUCCUGGAGAGCAACGUCAACGCAUCCUUUUGGGUGUGCGUGGCACGCCCAACACUGCCCACUAUAGCUCGCGCACGGCGCUCUUGGACUUGGAUGGUCGACUGGCCCCGCAUCCGCUUACCGGCCAUGGCUCGGCCGAGAUGCAGCAAACCAAGGAUGCGGGCGACUCUGACUCUGAGCCUUUAUCCCGAACCUCGUCCAACCGAGGCUCGAUUUCGUUGGGAUCGGCUGGCUUUGUUCGCAUCGCGGAACUCCCGCCUGUCGUGAUUGCCAACGGGCCCAAGAUUACUGCCGACUCGGCCGUGCUGUCCCUCUCCUUUGGCGACGUGGGGCCUGAAGGCCAGGUUGUGCCUCAAUCCAACCUACCUGCCGACGCAUCAACAAGCGCCACCUUGGCGCAUGCAGUCCGCUCUGCUUGGGAUGGGGGCUCUACAUCCGCAGCAACCACCACCUCUUCGGCAUUGCCUGUUCCUUCUGCGCCUGCGCCGGCUUCAACUGUUGUGCAGGGCAACAUGACGGCAGCGCCGGCUUCAUCCAACCCCUUGUUGCUGCAGCAACAAGAGCUUUUGCGUCUGUACAUCCUGCAACAGCACCAGCAACAACUCUACAACCAGCUCGGCCAGCUUGGCGGUCUGGAUCCUGCGCAAACUUUUCAAGUCAUGCAACAGUUGGCUGCCCGCGGCUCGAUGUUUGCGCCACAUCGCGGCGUCGAGUUUGCCGCAGCUGGCCAGCCGACCACCGCUGAAGGAUUGCUUCAACAACCGCAGACCGCCGCAGCUGCGCUGCAAGCACUGCAGCUACAACAGAUACAGCAGCAGCAAUCGGCGCAUCUGUUCCAACAGCAGGCGCAGCAACAACAGCAGCAGCAACAACAACAACAACACCAACAACACCAACACCAACAGCAGCAGCAACACCAACACCAACAGCAACAGCAGCAUCUCUCGGCAUACCUCCCGAUGAUGUUCGAUCCUUACAGUGCGAACGGAUCACGGUCUGCUGCUGCUGCUGCCAACUUUUCGCCUUACCAACAAUCAGCAUCAAUGUCAACAGAAGAGUGGCGAUCCAGUCCUUCGUCUGUGGCCGCUGGGAUUGCUGGUUUCAAUCGACAAGCUCCUCAAUUUGCCGGGUACGACAAGGCUUACGAAAACUACUACGAUCCCAGCGCCAAUUGGAAUGCCCAGCAAGAGGCAUACCACGACCACUCGCAAUCCGGACAGCGCGCGCGCCAGUACUCGCAUGGCGCAAAUGUCGGUAGUCGGCAUGGCCAGCACGCGCAGCAAAAUCUCGCUGCUGCCUACGCAAACCACCCCUCGAUGCAAUCAUCUCAGGUCGCAUUGGCUGCUCAACAUCCGGCGCAACAUUCACAGUCCCAUCCGCAACAACAGCAGCACAACGGUGAAGCAGGCAAAAAGUCCUCCAUGGUCAAGUAUGUCAAUGCUCCGUCCUUCAACCCCGAUUCAAAGUGA